CAGGACCGUACAUCACACAGAUUGCAUCACUACGACAUCACUUUAUAUGAGUCCUCUCCAUGGCACUAUGAAAAUGAACACCACUUUACACAUGUAAAGGAAAACCCCACUGAGGACGAAUAUAUUUGGGAAAACACGUUUGGAAUUUCCUGCAACUUUGGAACCUUUGCUAAUUAAGUUUAAUACUUGUCCAUAGACUGUCAAAACAUCAGACAGAAUGUACUCCCACAAUCUGGUCCUUCUCGUAAUGUUGUAUUCGCUCACGCUGCUCAUGGUGAUGUGUCUGCCAGGAGCCUCCGCGCAGAAGUCGAAUGGUUCGAGGUGGCUUAUAGGGGACAUAGAGAGUCACUGUGCCAUCGUUUGCUCCAAGACUCGUGGCAAGCCUGUGUGUGGUUCGGACGGCCGCAGUUAUGAUACCAGCUGUGACCUCCAGAGGGCGAAAUGCAAGGACCGCACUCUCACCCCUGCCCACAGGGGACAAUGCAGAGGUAAAAACUGGGUAAGGAUAGAUCAACCUCCCAUUCUCCCUGCACCUACACAUUCAUCAGAGGACAAAGAAAUGGAAUUGAAAGAAGCAGGCCAGUCAAAGUGUCAGACGGAGAGGAGCCAGGCCUUGGAGCAGGCAAAGAGGCCACAGGAAUCCAUUUUCAUCCCAGAAUGCAAUGAUGAUGGAACAUUUGCCCAGGUCCAGUGCCACACUCUCACAGGAUACUGCUGGUGCGUGACAAUAGAUGGCAAGCCAAUAAGCGGUUCUUCUGUCCAGAACAAAACGCCAGUAUGUUCAGGAAACUUCCGUGAAUUUAUGGGAACUCAUGCUGGGACAAGUGGAUUGUCAGGGUCAGUAACCGAUAAACCACCAGGACCUCCUAGCUCUGGUAGAAAAGUCUCUUUCCGUUUCUUUCUCACCCUCAAUCCAGAUGAUGGUUUUAAAUCCACACCCACUAUGGAGACACAUGUUGUCCCAGAAGCUGAGGAGAUUACAGCCCCCACAUUGUGGAUUAAGCAGCUGGUAUACAAAGAGAACAAACAGAACAACUCAAAUAGUAGGAAGCCAGAGAAAGUUCACUCUUGUGACCAGGAGAGGCAGAGCGCUUUGGAUGAGGCCCGGCAGAACCCACGGGAGGCCACCUUUAUUCCUGACUGCGGUCUGCUUGGCCUUUACAAGCCGGUACAAUGCCACCAAUCCACUGGUUACUGCUGGUGUGUGCUGGUGGACACUGGGCGACCCAUACCUGGAACCUCCGCAAGGUAUGAGAAACCAGAAUGUGACAGCACAGCUCGUUCUCGAGUCACAGAAAUGGAGGAUCCCUUCAGAGACCGAGAUCUGACAGGGUGUCCAGAUGGAAAGAAAGUGGAAUUUAUAACCAGCUUGUUGGAUGCCCUUACUACUGACAUGGUCCAAGCUGUCAACUCACCAACCCCUUCUGGUGGUGGAAGGUUUGAUGAGCCUGACCCAAACCACACACUGGAGGAACGGGUGGUUCAUUGGUACUUUGCCCAGCUGGAUAACAAUGGAAGUCAGGACAUCAACAAGAAAGAGUUGAAGCCUUUCAAACGCUACGUGAAGAAGAAAGCCAAACCCAAACGAUGUGCCCGCAAGUUCACAGAAUACUGCGACCUUAACAAGGACAAGACCAUCUCGCUUCAAGAACUCAAAGGCUGCUUAGGAGUCAAUAAAGAAGGUAGCACUACAAGCAGCAGCAGUCAGGGGACAAGGCAAGGGACAAAUUUGUUCAUAGGUCGUCUGGUUUGAAGACAGAAAGUUCCAGAAGAUGAGUCAGUAGCACAAAGCACAAUGGAAAUUCAACUGUACACUGCUGGAAGAGUACAACGAAGGAUUCUUAGAAGAAGAAAAUAAAAAUUAAGAGGUUCCUCAAAACAAACAAAAUGAUAACAUGGAACCUAAAUGUUUGCACUUUCUCCUCCCAUUGUUAGAUAUUUUAAAAUGUUCUUGUUUGUGUUGUAAACUUUUUUAAUAAUAUGAUUAAAAGAUUGACAAAAAUGUACAUGUUUGGCCAAAAGAAUAUGUGGACACCCAAACACCACUAUCAUAUGUGGUUGUUGAGCAUUUAAUUACAGAUCAUCUGCAUAAAUAGGGGUUUGAUCCUCCUAUAAAGGGGAUGACUCCUGGCAAGGCUUUUCACUACAGUAGAUGUUGGAACGUGGCUGCAGGGAUGAGCUCCCAUUCAGACAAUAGAGCAUCAAUGAGGUGAGAAAAUGAUGUUGGGAAAUAAGUCCUGGCUUGCCAUUGGAAUUCCAGUUUAUUCACAAUGUGUUUCUACAAUUUGUUAGUAUGUCAUUGUAUGGCAUUUGCUUAAGAUUUGUCUUAACUGCAAUCAAAGGGCAUAGAAGAGUGUCCACAUACUUUUGGCCAAGUAGUGUAUGUCAGAUAACACAGCCUGUAAGUGUAAAUGACUAUCUGCUACCAACAACAAUGCAUUUUCUGCAUAUCUACACUCACCGCCAAUUAAGACAGUAUUAUAUAGUUAUUAAAGCAUUUGCAUGAUAACAUUUUAAAUGACAAAUUCAAAAUUCAAAUUUUGAAUGUCAAUUCAGAAUUCAAAAUAAUGCUCUGUUGAAAUUAGCAUGUCUAGAAAUGCCUCUUCGCCUGUGUGCAGUUUUUCUUUUUGUAAAUGUCCACUCAUCCAGUUUGUUUACUCUGUUGUUCACCUUAACAACAGAACUAAUGGAGCAUUAAUAGUGAACAAGAAAUGUAGCUAAAUCUUUUCUGUAAACAAACAUUAGCCACAGUCUCCAGACCUGCACCUUAGAAAACUAGUAAUGUUCAACUAACGAUCACCUGAGAAUUAUCAGUAAGUUCUGCAUGAUUCAUUCAGAAGUCAGAGUUCAAAAACACCAUCACACAAAAUUGGCUUUGUAAAUGUCACAAAACACUUUGCUUAGAUUCACCUCUUCAGACUGAUUAUUCAGUGAGUACAUGGUGUGCCUCACAACUUCAAGGUGUUUUUUUCUUCUUUUUUCAUGAUGUCUUAAAAGCCUUAAAGCUGAAGUGUGUAAUUUUUUGUUUAAUGUUCUUUCUUUCUUUUUUUUUUUUUUUUUUUUUUUAUUAUUUCUGUGCUUAAUAUGCAGUCAACUGUAAGUAAACUUUUUGUAGGUUUAUUUAAUCAAAGGUAUAGAAUUGCAGAUCUAUGGCACUAUAAUAUUUUUUUUUUUUUUUUGACCACCAUGGUACUUAUUUGUAAAGGUAGGAACCCAUGUUUUAUCUGUCUAAAAGUGGAAUUUAUUAUUGUAAAUUUGGGGGUACAACUUGGUCUCACAAUAAACCAGUAAAAUUAAGGUAGUGUUCAAAAUUAUUCUCACCACCUACAACUGUAAAUAAGCACAUAUGUGCUUACACGUCCUGUCUGGUGUGAUUUAUAGUUAAGCAUCAGUGUUAGAUGGAAUAGGUUGGAUCAUUUUUAGUUUUUUUUUAGUAAUCAAUUCUAUAGUUAUUUUUCAGGAACAGAUCGUAAGGGUACUUAAUAGAAAAAGAUAAAGUAAUAGUUAUAUUUUCUUCAUUCUGUGGGUUUGGAGUUCAUUUCUUGUCCAUCCUGAAAGCUAAACAGUACAAUGAAAUGUGUACCCCCUAAUGUUGACAUUAUUUUUCUAAUUUAGGAAAGAUGUUGUUUGUUGCUCUGUGUGUGUGUGUGUGUGUGUGUGUGUGUGUGUGUGUGUGUGUGUGUGUGUGUGUGUGUGUGUGUGUGUGUGUGCUAUGUUUAUACUACAUUGUGGGGACCAAAUGUCCCCACAAUGAUAGUAAAAACCUGAGAUCACCUACCUUGUGGGGCCCAGCCAGCGCUCCCCAUGAGGGAAAUGGCUUAUUAAACACUAUAUGAUGUUUUUUUUUUAAAUGCAAAAAGGUUUCUGAGAGGGUUGGGUUUAGGGUGUGUGUGUGUGUGUGUGUAUUUUUGACCUUUGGGUAUGUACUUGGAAGCCAUUACUUUGGCUUAAAAAGUAAAAUAGUCAAGUUGUAAAUAUUUAUCAUAUGUGCUUUUAGUCUUUUAUCAAAGUCAAUCUUAAAACAGUGUUUAGCAAACUCUGAUAAUAAAGUCAAUUAAAUUACUUUAAAGUACAUUGUAUUAGUUGGCUGUUUUGCUCUCAUCAUAAAAUUGCUGUUUUUUUUCCAGUCACAAUACACAUUUAAAAAACUUUUCUGUGUCAGCCUGUAUUUUAUAUGAAAAUGUACACUACAUUUAAAAAGUUUGGAAUCACUAUGAAGUGUUUUAUUUUUUAUAUAAAUUAAUAAUUUUACUGUAUGCACCAAGGAUGCAUUCAAUUGAUUUUAAAAAU